AUGUUAGAAGUGAAAGUGGCUUGGUUCCUUGUUUUGUGCCUAGUUAUUUUAGCCAAUUGCAUCAAUGUUCUAGGUCAAAAUCAACCCCGUAUAACAAACAAUUUCUCCCCUGCGAGGAUCCCAAUAGCCGACCUAGAAGAUUUGAACUUAACAUGUACUGGUGUCUCAUCUUCGGAUCCAACACCAACAUGGAAGAAAGAUGGAAAACAUGUGUCAGUAAACACUAGUAUAUCCAUAGAAAAUGGCCAGACAUCUACAGGUAUUCCUACCAGCACGCUGAUCUGGAGAAAGGUUCCUCUGGAAGCAAGUGGAAUGUAUACAUGUCAGUUUGCUGGGGUUGGAGAAGACACAGAAGAAAUAUACAUAAUGAAAGCGGAAACUGUCAAUGUUCAAGUGUCUCCAUUUUCUGCGGUAAACCUGACUUGCACUGUUUUUAAUUGGCAGCUGUAUGAAGGUCCUCAGUUUUACAAGAAUAAUACUCUACUGGAUGCAAAUAACAACAACUAUGAGCAGUCAGAUGAAAUAACCACUUUGAACAGAGGCCUAAGCCAGGGGAAAGUUCAUUCUUUUAAGAUUCUGAAUGCCACUAAAUAUGAUGGUGGCAAAUACACAUGUAUGGUUACUGUGAGAUAUGGUAAAAACAAUGGAAAUACUGAGCAUCUUAGAAGUGACUUCACUUUAACUGUGUCUGAGUCUUCAGAUGUCACAAGAGGUGGUGGAAUAAGUUGGCAAAAGACGCACAUUACCAGCUUCUUCAUAAUCUCACUGCUGUCUCAAGCACUAGGAUAUUUGAUUUUGUAAUGUAACAGCUACAUCAGGAGCGUAGACACCGAUGGGUUCACACCAUCCACCCAAGGGCAAACAUCGUCAGUGCCUCAGUGAAGAGAAAACUGAGUAUGCUAGGUACUGAAAAUCGCCAAAAGCAACAAUUAAUACCCAAGCAACAAUUAAUAACUGAAAAAAAAAAUGAAGAUGUUGUCAGAUUUGACUUUAGCGCCAAAAAAGUUUACUGGUAACGAAAAUGAAGAUGUAGAAAGGUGGUUAAAACAAUUUGAAAACUUAUAACUUUGAAGCUCAUAUUCAUGAGUUGGUCAUAUAAUUAUGGUCUUUUGAUAAAGGGUAAAAAUGUCAUGUUUCAUAUAAGUUGAAAAGCGUGAAAUCUAUUUAAAAUUACUUAUUAUGUACCAAUAUUGAUAUUGAUGACUUUUUAGCACAGAAUGGAAUACUCAGUACAUUUGAUGACUCUCUACGGUCUAUUUGCUAUAUUAUAAUGAUGGUGAUGAAUGUGAUGGAAAUAUAAAGGAUAGGCCUAUUAUCUUAAAUGAUCUGCCUUUUUUUCUAUGCAAAUUUUUGAUGUAUGUUAAUUGUAUUGGCCGAAAGUAUUCUAGAUUAAAAUUAAGACAAUCAUUACAGUUGGAAAUUCAGUAUAUUCACUUUAUUUUGUAUUACUUUUAUAAUCUAUUGGCCUUUUUUUAUUAUAUUAUGACUUUUUUCUUACAUUAUAUAUCAAAAUGACCUACUUUAUGUUCUAAGGUAAUAAUAUUCGGAAUAAUGAUAUUCGGAAAGUAUUUGUGAAUAACCCAAAUAAGGUAAGCUAAAGUCAAAUAUUACAACUUGCCAUGAGGAAAUUAUUAUUAUAAUUAUUCCUUUUUUGCAUGUUGUUUAAGACUAAUUGGUACUAUACAAAAGGGAAUUCAAAACCAGACCCAGUUGUUAGUUGCCUAUAUAAGUUUAUUUAUAAAAGUUGGUGCUGUGUUAUAAGUUAUUUAUACAUGCUGUCUAUUUAUAC